UCGGCCUUUUCACACCAGCAGGGACAGUGUUCAUCCACCGAGCUUCAUCAUGGCUUCUGAACUGCACUGCUCACCCCUUUUGCUGUGUUUCAUUUAUUUGUCGCUGCUGUUUUCCGGCGUGUUUUGCGACGCCGAUGCGGAGGAGGAUGAGCAUGCCAAACACACGUACACAGUGGAGAUGUUCAACGAGGCGGUGCCCACUGCACCCCACUUUGUCAUGUUCUUCGCCCCAUGGUGCGGUCAUUGCCAGAGGUUACAGCCAGCCUGGAACGAGCUGGCAGACAAGUACAACAGCAUGGACGAUCCCCCGGCAUAUGUGGUGAAAGUCGACUGUGUCCAGGACACCAAGUUCUGCUCCAACGAGCACGGUGUUCGAGGCUACCCUACACUGAAGUUGUUCAAGCCAGAGCAGGAAGCAGUGAAGUACCAGGGGCCCAGAGAUCUGCAGUCUCUGGAGACCUGGAUGCUGAAGACACUCCAGGAGGAGCCUGAGGAGCCGCAGAGUGACCCAGAGCCCCCGAAAGCCCCUGAGCCUAAACAGGGCAUGUAUGAACUCACUGGCCUCAACUUCAAGGCCCACAUAGCUAAAGGUGCUCAUUUUGUGAAGUUCUUUGCGCCGUGGUGUGGACACUGCAAAGCCAUGGCUCCCACCUGGGAGCAGCUGGCCACCGCCUUCGAGCACUCUGACAGUGUGAAGAUAGGAAAGGUGGACUGUACUCAGCACUAUGAGGUGUGCUCCGAGAACGGCGUGCGGGGGUAUCCCACGCUGCUCUUCUUCCACAACGGACAAAAGACUGAACAGUACAAAGGGAAGCGAGACCUGGAGUCUUUCAAAGACUUUGUGGACAACCAGCUGAAGGCCACAGCCGCAGCCGAGGAGGAGCAGGAGCCAAGCGAGGAGCAAAAACCAAGCGAGAUCCCCACUGAAGAGCCGGCCAAAGAGGAAGAGAAGUCCAGCGUGUUGCUCCUAACGGAGGCCAACUUCGACGAGACGGUAGCCAAGGGAUUCACCUUUAUUAAAUUUUACGCUCCAUGGUGCGGCCACUGUAAGAAUCUCGCUCCAACAUGGGAGGAUCUUUCCAAGAAGGAGUUUCCCGGUCUCACUGACGUCAAGAUUGCCAAAGUGGACUGCACUGUCGAGCGCACGCUCUGCAACAAGUACUCCGUGCGAGGUUACCCCACCCUGAUCAUGUUCCGGGGCGGGGAGCAGGGCGACGAGCACCACGGCGGCCGGGACCUGGAGAGCCUGCACACCUUCGUGAUGCGGCAGGCGAGAGACGAGCUGUAAGAACGGGCAAGGCCUGACGCUCCGGAUCCACCACUCUCCUCGCCCAGUCUGCAUAUCUGGCCCGUAGGACACUCACUCUCUGUCCUGCAGCAGCCAGAACCUCUCUCUAUCUCUCUCUCUCUCUCUCCACUUGGGUUCUCUUCAGCCAGCGACAGACGGAUGCAGUCUGUUCUUUCUCCAGUGUUCAAGGACAAAACCUUCUGCAGAGUGUUUGGGAUGUGAAUGUAUUUCUCAUUGCUGCUGCUCAACCUUGAAUUAUUUUGUGGAUAGUAUGGUAUCGAUCGGGUCUGCAAACGAAAAAACAAAAAAAAACCUCUGACAACCACUCUGCAAGCACUGCUCAGUCAAUCAGAACCAGAACCCCCUGCACAUAGGAAUUAAAG